AUGUAUAUUGGCAAGUUGGUCACUUUUGAGAAGGAAAUUUUUGAGCUUCACUCUGCUUUCGGCGACUUUGGCGCAUGUGUUGCUGUAUCUAUCGCUGCUACUCACGGUCUGGGCAAAUCCGAUGAGACCUGCACAGAUGAUAGCCUCAAAAAGGUGCAACUAGGCCUUUACGGCAUGGAGAUAUGCCAUACAUUGACCAUUGGAUUUGCAAAGAUGUCGCUCAUUGCACUCUUUUCAUUGCUUUUGUCACCCACCCAAGUGAGAAAGAUGAUAAUAGCGACCGCAACUUUUAUCGUCUUAUGGACUCUGAGUAUGUUGGUUGCGACCACAGUCCAGUGCUCGCCCCUAGAUGUAUGGGAUUUAGCACACGGAUCCUGCAUCAACACUGUUGCCUUGUGGAGGUACUUUGGUGCGACAAAUAUUACUAUUGAAACUUUAAUAUUCGCCACAAUUAUCGUAUUCGUCUCGCGCCUUCACAUGAAGAAGUGGACUCGAGUAAUGGUGAUUAGUUGCUUUAGCGUCAGGAUAAUGGAUAUUGCCGUAACCGGCGUCCAGCUCAGUUACACCGAAGCUUUUAGUUCUCGCGGCUGUGCUCUGCAGCUUGAUAUCUGGCCGUGGGUUAUGUGCAGCCAAGUUCUUCAGACCGUGACCAUUGUUUCGGCUUGUAUGCCUCAUCUUCGCGAUUUCUUAGAAUCGUUCCCAAGUGGAAUGUUUCGUUUGACCGAGAUGGAGUCAGCAACAAUGGGGUCACGAAGUACACUCAGACAAUCUGAGAAAUAA